AGCAUUUUGCAGCAGAACCGGUAUUCGUAAUAUGCCAAAUUAUUUCUUUAAACAGCUGCUGUUACGGUUGAAAAUAGCCUGGUUUUAAUCAGGUUCUUGUCACGUAAUAAGAACCUUCUGGUUCUUUUAUUCGACUCGAAGAAGAACAAUAGUCGACUGUCGGUUCAUUUUAAGCAUUUAACGUUUUGUAAUUUUUUGACAGCAGUCUGUUAUGUUUUAGCGAACCACAUGCUGAAUUUAAAAUAAACUACAAGCAAAAGUGAAUAGACAGUUUGAUGGUGCUUUUAACUCUAAAAUGCGUGAUUUUAUAGUGUUUUUAUAAAAUGUAAGUGUUUAAUAGAUAUAUUUUUAAACGUGGAUUCAGUUAACUUUAGGAAGUAACCGAUAUGGUCGCAUAGAACAGUUGUGUAGACAUCUUUACCAAAAGAUGUCGACUCCUUCUCCCGAUCCCCAAAAAGGGGAAAUCAACUACCAAUCGAGCGAAACCAGCGACCGCGUUCUUCUCACUCACAUCCAUACGUGUACCUGUACGGAAAAACCGUUAACGGAACCAUCUACUAACUCACGUUCGGGGAACCUCCAACAAAUCGUAAAUAAUAGUCAUGGAUCUAAUCACAUCCAUACUGUAGCACAUAGCCAUUCACCAAAGAUAACACAUUCCUCCAAAAUGAAAGGGGGUAAUUGUAAUUGCCAUAAACAAGAAGACUGUGAAGAUAUCGCAGAGUUCGAACAAACGGAUCAGGUGAGGAAGACUGACGCUGACGAUAGGAUAGAAGUUUCGCCAUUACCGCCCGCCCUGCCGCCACGACCACCCCCCAGACCAAGGUAUGAUGGAAGUCUCGGGUCGAGGUAUAGACCAAGAAUAUCGAGUCAUAGCGGAGGAGGUCUCAGGAAAUAUGUCAUAUGCUGUUGCAUUAGCGGAAGCGUUACCAUACUUAUUGGAGUUUUAUUUUUGGCUGUAUACUUUUUACUUAGAUCGUAUACCUCGACUUUGGUCUAUUUCGAAACCGUACCAACAUUUGUGCCUGCAACUAUGUUGAUACUAACUGGAAUUUGUGUUAUGAGUUUAGCGAAGAGGAAAAACAGAUACAGUUUUUUGAUAAAAAUUUGCGGCGUUUCCUGUCUAGUAUGUGCCUUAACUUGUGUAUUGGUCACAAUAACAACAACUGUUAUUCAUAUGAAUCGGUUACAGACUUUAAGAGAAUGCGUUUAUACCCAAAAAACUAAAACUUGUACCUGCUACUCGGUUUUGUUAGAAGCUCACGCAGCAACUGAUGAAGGAAUGAGAUACGUUUUCGAUUCAACUCCAGACUGCGAAGUUAUACACGGAGCUCUAUAUGCAUGUCUCAGAGCCAUGUUCGGAUUAUCCGUUACUGGAAUAUUAAUUUGUAUUUUUUCUUGUAUGCUAGUCUACCAAUUACUGAGUCACGAAAAAAAGAAAAUGUAUUGGGAACAAUUGGAAUUGCGGUGUAGAUCGUUCUAUCAACAACACUCGAGACCUUCCAGUAAUCAUAGUUCUGUUAGAGGUCCUCCGGUACCACCUUCUACCUAUUGCAGUUGCUGUGAUGAAUGCAGAUAUCCUUCCAUACCGGCAGGACCACAUGUGUAUCCUUGGGAUAAUCAUUUGAAUCCAGAUAGGUUUUGGACUCCAGGUCGCGUCGGAAAUUUUUAUUCCCCUAAUCCGGAAGAUGGUACCACUAAUAUUCCGGACGAUCAUACAAGGGUCAGACCAUUAAGCGGGUGGAGUUGGAGACGAUUACCUUGGAGUAGGAGUAAUGUUUCACAAAACAACUCCCGAAGGGACGGUCCAAUGACUUACCAAGAAGGUGUAAGUAGUGCCGAUAGUCAAUACGGUUUUAGUCAUAGACCAGGGGGAGACAAUAAUUUACAAGAACAAAUGACGGGCUCCACUGGAUCUUAUAGUAUUUUAGAUAAUCGACCACCGAUUGGAGGGGUGUACGUAUGGGGUCCUCCGCCGCCAUAUUCAAAUCCAAAUUCACCAGCUAGAAGGCCUAUGCAAUCACCUAGCCGGUAUCAUCACAUUCACCAUCAUUCUCACGGCCACGAGUCCCAUUGCCAAAUGAACGAGAAUAGUCAAUUGCAUAGAGGCUCUCGACGUAUGAGACCGCAUUUUAAUAACAAAGAUAAUUACGAGAAUACAACGGAACCAGAAAUUCAUCGAGUUAAUGACAAUAACGAAAGUACAGAUACUUCUAGUUGUAUAGACAGGAUAUCCCAUACAUUACCUGUUAGAAAAAUGAAGAAACGAACUGAAAUGGCCUCGGUGAAGUCGAACGUACAACCAACUACACGAACCAACGUCCAAACCGUCUUCAAUCAAAAUAAUCAAGAAGAGACAAAGGAAAACGAACACGGUUAUCAGGAAUCCAAUAUGUCCGAAUCCAAACCAAACGAAAAUCCUAAUUGUAGAUUUCUACCGAGGUUACAAGGAGUGGAAAACGCCGCUUUCCAAAAACAAGAAAACAGUCCGCGGAAACCUGAACCCAGCGAAUCCGAAGUAUAUUUCGCCGACGUGAGCAGUUGUUGUAACAUAUCCGUUAGAAACGACGGUCAAGAUUCCUCGCUUUACGACGAAGCUAUGGAAGCCCAAAAACCUCGUUUGAUUUCGUUACAAAAAACCGAUCCCAAAGACGUCAAUACCAAUCAAUUAUUACAAACGUUUCAAGAAAAUAUCUCUUCUUCGACCGUAACCGAAGACGAAGAUUAUUUAGCACAUAGAAUGGGUAAUAGACAAAUGUCAGUUAGAAGUAGGAUGCCUUUUCCUUUACCAGAUACCAACGAUAUGGAAUUUAACGCCGAUUCUUGUCUACAAUUAUUACCUAAAGAUAUAUCCCAAAAUAGUUUAUGUAGCAGCGUUCAAACACCCUUAACGGAAACUACCGACGAUACGAUUUCGCCGGACGAAUGUUGCAGUUAUUUCCAAGAGAAAUCGUGCGAACAAACCCCCAAGCAUCGAGGAUUCCCCGAACAUUAUCUAGCGCCGGACGCCCAAUACGAAAUAAUCCCCGAACAAGAAAAUUACCACCAUCAGAAUACGAGUAAUUUGACGAAUACGAUAUCGGGAUUGUCGUACGAUCAAAAUUACUACAAUCAAAAUAAAAUGAAUUUUUCAUAUAAUUCCGGAAAUAAGAACGUCCCCCCGAAAACUUUGAAUCUCAAUCAACAAUCGAGGAGGAAUUUGGGAUCGAAUAUAUCGGCUUUGAUACAGAAUUUGGGAGGAAAUACCGGGGGGUUACUUUACGGGGAAGCUACCACCGAAGAUGAAACUACUCAAGGACAAGGAUGUCAUAGCGACGGUACGAUGGAUUCGGGAUGGCAAAGCGGAUCGGAUAAAGCGGAUAAUAGAAAGAAAGAAGAUGAGGAUGUGCAUUAAAACCGGUAGAGAAAUUCGGGUUUAAUCAUUUCGGUUUUGAUACGAAAUUUUUUUUUGGGGUGAGGGGGGUGAACACCGCGGGUUUCUUUGAAGAAAUGUAACUACCGAAGAUGAAACUCGAUGAUUAGGUCGGUAUUAUGGAAUUCGAAUGGAAAAGCGAAUGGGAAAAACUUAUAAUAAAAAUGAAACGGUGAAGAUGUAUAUUUAAAUCGGUUAAAAAAUUGGUUUCAUUAUAUUAGUUUCUAUAUUAAAUUUAAGUUUCUUUACGAAGAUGAAACUAAUUCAAAAAAAUAAUGUUAUAGUGAUGUUAUAAUCGAUUUGAGAUGGAAAAACUUUUGCAAAAAGUGAAAAUUAUUGAAAAAAAAAACGAUGAAAAUGCACAUUUCCGCUUCUAUACUAAAUUUAGAAGGAAACACCGCCAAGUUUCUUUAUGGAGAAGAAACUACACAAGUAAAAUAAUCUCAUAAUGAUGUUACAAUGGAUUUGAUAUGAAAAAACACUGAAAAAUAUAAAAAAAUAUGGAGAAAAUGCUCAUUUCCGCUUCUAUACAAAUUUAGAAAGAAACAAAGUUGAGUUUCUUUAUGGAGAUUAAACUACUAAAGGACAAAGAUGUUCUAGCGACAUUACAAUGGAUUUGGGAUUGAAAAACAGUUGAAAAAAGCAGAAACUGUAAAAAGUGAGGUUAAAAAUAACAUUUUAGCUUUGAUAUAAAAGAUGAGAGGAAACACCGCCGAGUUUCGUCAGGGAGUGGAAGUGGAUUUGGAGUGGAAAAACAGUUCGAAAACUUUAAAAAAGAACGAUGAAAAUGCAUUUUUCAGCUUUAAUAUUAUUAAAUUUAGAAACACAGGCGAGUUUCUUUAUGUGAAUGAAACUACUAAAGGACAAGGAUGUUCUAGUAACAUUACAAUGGAUUUGGGAUGGAAAAACAAUUCGAUAAAACAGAAAACUGGAAAGAGUGAGGUAAAUAAUGAACAUUUCAACUUUAAUACCGUAUUUUAAUAGAAACACCGCUGGGUUUCUUUACAGAUGAAACUACUCAAGGAAAAUGAUGACCUAGCGUCGUUACCUUGAACUCAAAACCAAUCAAAACGAGCGGAGAAUCUGAGAAACUGACGAUAAAGAUGAACAUUUCAGUCUCUAUACAAAAUUUAAGAGAAAACAUCGCCGAGUUUAUUUAUGAAGAUGAAAAUACACAAGGAAAACAUGUUUUAGUAACGUUACCAUCAGUUUGAGAUGGAAAAACAGUUCAAAAAGCUGGAAAUCAGAAGAACUAAUGACAAACAGAAAAUUUUCAGGCAUUAUACAAUAUUUAAGAGGAAACACUGUCGGAUUUCUUUACAGAGAUGAAACUCCUUAAGGUAAAGGAUGUUUUAUCGUCGGUAACUUGAAUUUGAGAUGAAAAAAUAGUUCAAAAAAGUGAAAAAUGUGAAAAACUGUCGAUAACGAUGAACAUUUCAGUCUCUAUACAAAAUUUAAGAGAAAACACCGUCGGGUUUCUUUAUGAAGAUGAAACUACUCAAGAAAAACAUUUUUUAGUACUUUACCAUGAGUUUGAAAUAGAAAAACUGUUUAAAAACUCACGACAAAGAACAAAGAUGCACUUUUCAGUUUUUAUACAAAAAUUUAAGAAGAAAUUUUUUUAUAGAGAUGAAACUACUCAUCAUACAACUGGACUUUUUGGUUUUAAAAAAUUAUGCUGAAACAACCGAUUUAAUAAAAAUGUUGAAAUGAUAUUGCAUAUGCUCUAUCCGUAUGUCGUUGAUAGCUUAGAUUUUGUAAUAAUUGUUAGAUUGUUUUGUAAUAAAAUAAUGAAAGUUUA